AGGAUGAAGGCUUUUCUUCUUGCCGUGCUGGUCAUAGCCCUGUGCACGGAGCGUGCUUUCUCCCUGACAUGUUUCACAUGCAAAGAUGCAACUUCCAACGUGCAGUGUCUCAGUAUAUCAACAUGUUCUGAUAAUGAGAAGUACUGUCUCACAACUUAUUCUUCCACUGGGCUUGGUAAUGACCAUAGUCAGCGUAUUACCAAGAAGUGUUCUGCAGUUUGUCCAUCAAUAAAUCUGAACAUUGGUAUAGCAGGCAUUGCUACUAGCUGCUGCGAGACUUCCCUGUGCAAUAUCAGUGGGGCGAGCAGUGUGAAAACCAGCUACACUAUGAUAGCUGUGGGUGCCUUGGCCAGUCUUAUCUGUGUCCUCCGACUGCAGCUGUAAAGGGGCUGGGGGGAGGGGGAGGAAACUGCUUGGCCUUGCAUUGUAAGGAAUUGUUAUCUCUUCUGAAGAGAGGUUUUUCUGGAAGGUCGUUUUGUUUGCACUUCACACCCCAUGAGCAAAUAUUUUGCUUUUACCAUGCUCUGAUGACCACGUAUAAGAGCAUGGCCCUACCUCAAAAUGGUGGUGGGAAGAGAAAGUCAUGAUAUGGAGCCCUGUCCUUGCAUAUGGGCACUGUACAGGGACCAGCUCUCCUUUUAUUAUUGGCCUAUAUAACUCCAUGCAUUUAUUCCCCUUCCUUUUUGGCCCUAUCUUUCUUCUGUAUCAUUUUUAACUUUAUACCAUUUUUCUGCCCUGGAUCAUUUUGCUCUGAGGAAGCCUUUGAUAUUGUAGCUGUUAAACAGAAGCUGGGCACAAUAAAGUGUUAUUUUA